AUGGCGCCGGUGCCGUGCGUAGCUCUCUCUGAAAAGUUGGUGGUGGCGGCCCCGGCCUGGGGGUUUUGGGGAGGCGACGUGGAGAGCGCUCCCGUCCCCAUAUUGGUAGAGUCUGCUUUGUGGUUGUGGACGGGGUGCACCUUCGACGGCAGCAGGCGCGGGACGUGCGACUGCGGCGGUGGCGGCUGGCCGAGUACACGCUCGGGAGCUCGGACUACAUAUAUCCACAUCUCCCUCGUCGACGGCUUCUUCCAGUGCAGCGGCAAAGGGCCCCACCUGCGCGGGGCGGCCGACGUCAACGCGCAGUGCCCCGCCGAGCUCAAGGUGCCCGGCAGCUGCGACAGCGCGUGCCAGAAGCUCAGCGGCGACACCUACUGCCGACGAACUACUCCAAGUUCUUCAAGGGGCUGUGCCCAGACGCCUACAGCUAAUGUUUCUCGAGAUAAAGAGGAGUAA